CGAGCCCCCCGCGCACGAAAGAGACCACGGGUCUUCAGAACGCGCAACGCACGUGCCAUGGCUCCGCCUCGCAACUUCUCCGGGGUCUCCCUCUCUCCUCCACCGCUGCAUCACCUGCGCCAGGUGCCCUCUCACCUGGCGCUGAGUGGCUUGGCGAGUCCACGCAGCGUGAUGACUCCGAAGAGCGCCAUGACUCCGCGGAGCCCGGGCGUCCAAGGCUUUCAGACACCGACGCCGACGCGAUACUCUUUCGGCUCGCCGUUCGGCGGCUCGGCGGCGGCUCCAGUGGCCUGGCCCUCGCCACAACGGCCGUACAGGGCACCACCGGCACGUCAGUCCUUUACGGCACCAGUGAAGGUGCGUGCUGCCGUGCGAAAUUUGUCCACAUCCAGCACAACCAGCACAGUGAGCACUCAAAACAGCUCGCUGGAUCGCGCUCCCAGCAGGGAGCCGCGUCCCAUGACACAGAAAGAGCGGCUCGAGAAAGAGUUGGAAAGCCUGGACGAGGAGAUGCGAGAGCUUUGCCAAGGGAUGGACUCGGACAAGGACGGCUUCAUCUCUCGCUGGGACUUCUUCAAAGCAGUGCAGAAAAACGAACUAGUGGCCAAGACUCUGCUGCCUGGGCGAGAUGCACAGAUGGCUAUGAAGUGCGCAGACACGUUUGAUGAGGUGGAGCGUAUCUUUCGUCAUAUGGCUGGUAGCAAAGGAAGAAUUACCUACACAGAUCUCGCGAUGUACUGGCAGGCUGCGCAAGUACCCAAGGAGAAGUUGGCAAGUGAUUUGCAUGACAUUUUCAAGAUCAUUGAUGUAGAUGGCUGUGGGGAGAUCUCGCGCUUGGCGCUGCUCAAUGCGGUGGAAGCCUCGCCUCUGGUUGCUGUCAGACUCCUGCCAGGAGUGAACUGUCAAGAGCCGGAGGAGAUCUUUACCGCCACGCAGGACUUGUUUGAUACCAUCUCGCAUGGCAAGCGCCGUGUGACGUUGUUGGACUUCGAGGAGCAUUUCCGAAAGCGGCGACCAUCGCUGACGAUGAGCCGCAGUAAAGCUGCGGUGCAGCCUGGCAACGGCCUUCUUUGGCGUUCCCAUUUGUAUUGAGGGGCAGGUUGGCCAGGCACCAGGUUUGCUAUCUCUUGCUACGCUGAGCCAGGCACAGGUUCCUGGCCAGGUAGGGUGGUACCGGUCCAGAUGCCCAGGCGUUGCGUAAGAACUGGU